AUGACAUCAAGAAUAACAACAUGUCAUAUAGAAAUGCGGCAAACAAAUACGGUGUACCUAAAUCAACGCUCGAAUUUAAAAUAAAAAAUCCUGGUCAUAAAGAUACAUGCGGUCCAAAUCCAAUCCUGCCAGCAAGAUAAGAGUCCGAUCUUGUGAGGUGGAUAGAAGGGCUGGCAACAAAAGGAUUCCCUAGGAAACGAGACGACAUUUUAAAUAGCGUUCACAAAUUUUUGACUGAAAAUCCACGGC